CAAAAAGGGGUUUGCGAUGCUUUCCGCAGCGAUGUUAGGGGAUCAUGGCUAGAUCUUUGCUGAUGAUGGGGCUGCUUGUGGGCGUAUUCCUUGCCCUUGGCAUGCAAUAUUUGAAGCCUGUCCAAUUGCCGAUUCCAUCAGCAGACGAAACAGGAAACGCAUCAUUCAUUGGCAGUUUUCCGCGUAACGAAUUCGCCGAGAUGCUGAGAAAUUGCUGGAAAGGUGCCAGGCAGGCUAUCCGGGCAACUGGAGCAUAUAAAACUGGGCGGGUCGCUGCUGCUUCACAUCAACAGACACCUGCUACAGCUUCCUCCGCACUUUUCUCCACGAAGAAUCCCACAGCGACAUCUACAGCCAAACCGUUCUCGACAUCCUCAUCCACAAUGGCUUCCACGAAGACUUUCCUCGAUGCCAUCAAAGAGCGCCGCACCAUCUAUGCCCUUAACAAGGAGAUCCCCAUCUCCGAAGCCGAGAUUCAGGACAUCGUAAAGCAAGUCGUGCUGCACGUCCCGUCGUCCUUCAAUUCCCAGUCUGCGCGCCUCGUUGUCCUGCUCAAUGAGGAGCACGAGCGGUUUUGGGACUUCACCCUCGAGGUGCUGAAGACCAUUGUACCUGAAGACCAACUCCCUAGCACGGAGGCGAGGAUUAGUGGAUUCAGGGGAGGAUAUGGCACUGUCCUCUUCUUCGAAGACCCGGAGCCCGUCCAAGCCCUCGAAAAGGCCUUCCCCGUCUACGCCCACCAUUUUCCCGUCUGGUCCGAGCACACGUCCGCCAUGCACCAGUUCGCCCUGUGGACUGCACUGGAAGCCGCCGGCCUCGGCGCCAACCUCCAACACUACAACCCCAUCAUCGACCGCAAGGCGCAGGAGCACUGGAACGUGCCUUUGGAGUGGAAGUUGAGGGCGCAGUUGGUGUUUGGUGGCAAGGCGGGGGAGCCGGGACCCAAGGAGUUCAAGCCUAUUGAGCAGAGGCUGUUUGUGCAUGGUGCGAAGCAGUAGAGGAGGAUGUUAUUAAUUUUUGGGAUGGGAAAGUGUUGGAAUGAUGUUAUGAGGUUUUGAUAUCCUAGGUCUGUAAGACCUGAGUAGCAUGCAUUAGACGAAUACACAAGGGAUUUACAGGGUUCA